CCAUAGCUUUAGAUCUCCAAACUGUCGGUUUUAUUUCUAAAACGUCAUUUUUCUUCAUUAUGAUACAUCGCCCGCCACCGCCAUUUUGUUGAUAAAAGAAGCGGGAUUGCGGUACUUUGUUAUAAAUGCACGUGUAGUGAGUUUUAUUAAAUUAUUGAAUUAGAAUAAAGUGUUGUAAAGGACAAAAUGGUGCCACAAACAAAAGUUUUCGUCGGUAGCUUGCCUCAGGGCUCCAAGCCGGAGGAGCUUCGGAAGUUAUUUGAGCGGUUUGGCGUAGUUACAGAAUGUGACAUAAUGAACAGAUGCGGAUUCGUACAUAUGCAGACCGAGGAACAGGCUGCGACCGCCAUCCGUAGCUUAAACAAUACGACGUUCAAUGGAGGUGUUAUAACAGUAGAGAGAGGCCGGAUCAAGGAACGCGGGCAACGCGGCGGCGGGGCACGCGGUGGCAUGCGAGGUGGAAUGAGAGGAUCGAUGGAUCGGCGCUCCGGAGGGCCGAUGCGUGGAGGUCCACCGACCAGAGACGCUCCCUACAUGAGGGACGCCCGACCUAUGGGACCGAUGAGAGGCGGCGACAUGCGCGGGCCUCCAAUGGGCGGUGGUAUGCCGAUGAGGAACGGCAUGGGCGCUCCACCAUACGACCGAAGCAUGGAGCGGCCCAUGGGGUACGACGACCGCGGGUACAACGGCUACGGCGGCGAAGAUCGGCGAGGGUUCGCACUGAUGGACGGGCGCGGGCGCGACCAGUACGGCGCGCCGCCCAUGUACGACGACCGACGCGGGUACGCCGCCGAGGACAUGUCUGGCAUGUACGCGGAGGACAGGCGCGCGGGCAUGUACGGCGACGAGAGGGACAUGAUAGACCGGCGCGCGCCCAUGCGGCCCGGGCCCCUGCCUGCGGCGUACGAGCGCCCGCCGCCGCGCGCCGCGCCGCUGCCCGCCGCGGACAUGUUCAGCAGGCGCUCGCCGCCACCAAUGCGCGGCGCGGCGGGCGUCGCCGGCGGCUACGACAGAGACCCGUACGCGCAGCAGUACCCGCCCAUGGGCCGGGGGAGUCACGCGGGGUGGUAAGUGUCGGUACGUUGCGGACGUCAGUCGGUCACCUCACAGCGAUACACGUAGGCUAUAAGGUUAACAUUCGGGCCGGGCGAGGCGCGGGCCGGUGUCUCUGAUUCUCAAAUUAAGUCUCGUUACGUGUACGGAAAAUGUGUAGCGGGGAUUUAGUUUCUGACGUACCAAUUACCACAUAAGAAUUUGCAGUAAGAUAAGGAGUGUGCGUUACCGGCCGUGAGGUUGCGUACGUAAGUUGGUGUGCCCGAGCGCCCCCCACCCCCACCCCGCCGAGCCCGCUCCGCCGACCACUAUCAAAUUAUGUCAAAUCAUUUUGUAUUACAAUAAAGAUAAUGAAAUUAGCACCCGCGGUUUGAUUUCCCCGCUGACGAAGUCGCCCGACGGAAUGUUACAUUAUAUUUAUAUUCAAUAAGAUUUUACGGAAUACCGUUCUAGAAUAAUUACAUGUAAUUUAAGCUGUACUAUAUUUUACUUUAGAUUAAAUCCUUUACCAUUUUA